AUGGCGGAAGCGGCGGCAGCACCACCCGCAGACGCAGCGGCAGCACCACCGGCGGUCGCCGACGGGGGAGGUGAACCCGCAGUCGUCCCCUCAGAAAGCGGCACGACCUCUCCGCCCGCCGCGGGGGGAGGGGAGGGUGCGGCAGGGACACCAGCAGCGGCGACGAGCGGCGGCAGCGCCGGAGGGGAGCCGGCGAACGACCCCGCCCGGAAGCGAUCGAGCGACGCCGUCGCCAAGGAUAACAUUGCACCAGCCCCGUCUUCGAAUGUGCCGGUGAAGGAGCCGCUGGGGCCGGGACCCUUCACCCUUGAUGAUUUUGACGCGGGGGUGACACUGGGCACCGGCAGCUUUGGUCGGGUCCGCAUCGCGACGCACAAGACGACACAGACGCCGUGGGCAAUAAAGAUCCUCAAGAAGGCUGAGAUCGUCCGGAUGCAGCAGGUGGAGCACAUGCUCAACGAGAAGGCUAUCCUCGGCAAGAUGAACCACCCGUUCAUCGUCAAGCUCGCGGGCACGUUCCACGACGAGCGCAGCCUCUACAUGAUCCUCGAGUACGUCGUGGGCGGGGAGUUCUUCUCGCAUCUCAGGAGAGCGAACCGCUUCGAGAACCACGUCGGCCGCUUCUUCGCCGGACACGUGACCCUCAUGUUCGAGUACAUGCACAGCAUGGACGUCAUCUACCGGGACCUGAAGCCCGAGAACUUGCUGCUGGACCGAGAAGGGUACCUUAAGGUCACCGACUUCGGCUUUGCUAAGGUGGUGGCCUUCAAGACCUACACCCUCUGCGGCACGCCCGAGUAUAUCGCGCCGGAGGUUCUCCUCAACAAGGGGCACGGGAAGGGAGUGGACUGGUGGACCCUGGGAAUCUUACUUUACGAGAUGCUUGUCGGGCAGCCGCCCUUCGUCGACAAUGACCCGCUAAAGGUCUACCAGUUGAUCCUUGCGGGCAAGCUCGCCUUCCCGCGGUUCAUGGACAAGAACGCCAAGAGUCUGGUCAAGAAGCUCCUCGUGGCCGACCUCACCAAGCGAUUCGGCUGCGUGAAGGGCGGCGCACAGGACAUCAAGUCGCACAAGUGGUUCACCGGCUUCGACUUCGAGGCACUCCUCGCCCGGCAGAUUCCAGCACCCAUCGUGCCCCAGGUGUCGGGCGCAUUGGACACGUCCCAGUUCGACCCAUACCCGGACUCGGUUGAUCUCCCCGACAUCCCCAAGUAUGACGGGGAAGACCCAUUCAACGGUUUCUAA